AUGGACUAUUGGAUCACGACGCAGCACACCUGCAUUUGUCGUAUCUGCAACUGGUAUUCCUUUGGCAAGUAUUGGGUGCCUCAGCGUCGUUGGUACUGGGCGGAGUAUUCCUCUUGGUGUUCAAUACAUGGGCAGCCAUGGUGGAUAAAGUACAGGGAACCGGCCACUAUUUUAACUCAAACAAACACAGAGGUGGAGAUCAAGCCACAGACUCUCUACUGCAGAAUUUACAUACUCGAGGUGCGCCUGACGUCGACGAGAGGAGAGAUAGUGGGGCCAUUGCAGCGCCAGAAUCAUCUUUAA